AUGAGAAGAUAUCCUGAUGGAUCCUUGCAAGGGAGAAGAGUGUUUAAUAAAAAAUCAAGAUCCUGGGCUUUUUAUGCUCUGAAGGUAAAGAAGGACUAUGCCUAUAUUCCCUCACUUCAAAGCAAGAUUGUGGCUGCUCGGAUAAACAGCAACAGAGGACUCCCAAAACACACCAAACUCAGAUCUAAUGACCCAAGACAUUUAGGGUUAGUUUGUGGUGUUCCAGCCCCAUCAACAAAAGAACUGAGGGACAAACAUGUCAGCCGUGGAGAUGCAGGUCAAGAAGAACGGCAAUAG